AUGAAUCUAUCUGAGUCGAAUCUACCCGGGACAACAUUAUCCGAGCAAGGGCGAGCGGAGCAUCUUGAUGUGGAGCCUGUCCGCUCGCUCUCUCCCCCGCGCAUGGCGGUUGCGGGUGGCGGAGAAGGUGCGGAGGAGAUCGAGGCGGGGGAGCCGAUGCUGGCGGACGGAGCAGACGCAGGUGCUAUCAACGGCGAUAGCAUGAGUGGCGGUAAUAAGCGUGACGAUGAUAAGCGUGGCGAUAGUAUGAACUGCCCGACGGGCGGUACUAGUAGGAGGGGAGAGAUGGGAGACAUGGCGGCGCUGGAUCUGCUCGAGGAGGAAGAGGGGAUAGCGGAUCCGCCACUCAGCAUCUACUCCAUACUCACCUUCUCAUGGCUCUCCCCCCUUAUGGCGCAAGGCGUGCGCCAGGUGCUAGGCCCCAGCGACCUCUACCCCCUGCCGUCCGCCUUCUCCGCGCAGCACCUGGGGGCGAAGCUCAGCGCGCUCUGGGCAAAGCGCAAUCCUCCCCCCGGGCAGCAGCGGAGUGGGGAAACGGGCGCGGGGAAGGGAAGUGGAGGGGGAGGGGGAGGGGGAGGGGGAGGGGGAUGGGCGGGGCGGUACUGGGCGGUGAUUAUGUGGCCGUUUAGGUGGCGGCUGACGCUGGUGGCGGUGCUGAUAGUGGCGGAAUCCGCCCAGCGCAUCCUCUCCGCCUUCCUGCUGCGCCAGCUGGUUCGCUUCUUACAAGACGCACAGGACCCAGAAACAGCCGACCCGGCGUGGCAGGGGUACCUGCUGGCGGUGCUGAUGGGGCUGCUGGCGCUGGGCUUCGCACUGCUGCACCAUCAGAUCUGGAACCUCUCGCAGAUCGUGGGCUGGAACCUGCGAGUGGCGUCCAUGACACUCAUCAACAGCAAGCUGCUAUCACUUAACGGGGGUGCAUUGACGCGCAUCACCACGGGCCACUGCAUCACGCUCAUGUCCAACGACGUUCGCCGCUUCGACGAGCUCCCCAUGUUCGCGCAGUUCCUUUGGGCUGCCCCUCUGGAGCUGGUAGUGGUCACGGCGCUCAUAGUCCUGGAAGUGGGUGCCCAGCCUGCGUUUGCUGGCAUUGCGGCCCUCCUCGCCCUCAUUCCGCUGCAGGCCCUGUUUGGGCACUUCUUUGCCAAGCAGCGGCGCAGGACAGUGGAGUUCACAGACGCCCGGGUCAAGAUGACAGGCGAGGUGCUAUCUGGCAUUCUGGCAGUGAAGAUGUUCGCGUGGGAGGCACCCUUCACGAGCUUCAUCCAGAGGAUUCGCAACAAAGAGCGCAGAAACAUCGAGCUAGCGUCGUACAUCAAGGCGUUCAACGAGUCGUCCUACUUCGCCUCCUCUUCCAUGGUGUCUCUCGUCAUCUUCGCCACCUACACGCUGCAGGGCGGGUACCUGCAGCCCUCCACGGUCUUCUACGUCAUCUCCCUCGUGCAGCUUCCGCGCCUGUACAUGUGUGUGUUCUUCCCAACGGGCAUAGAGCGAGUGGCAGAGGCGGCUGUCAGCUUCUCACGAUUAGAGGCAUUCAUGCGGCUGUCAAACAGCACGAAUAGGAGGGAUGGAGCAGUGCCAGUGGCAUCACCUAAUGACAGGAACACAGGCUCAGGAGGGGGAGAGGGAGAAGAGGAGGCAGUAGGGAAGGUACUGGUACUACUGCAGGAGCAGGAUCCAGGGAGAGAGGCAGCGUCACCACAUGCCUCUAUAGCAUCUGCUCCUUCACUUCUUGCUUCUGCUUCUGUUCCUGCCUCUGCUGCUGCUGCUGCUGCUGCUGCUGCUGGCGGUGGUGCUGCUGGUGCUUCUGCUGCUGUUGGUGGUGCUGCUGGUGAGCGGGCAGAGCAGGUGGGAGGACGGCAGGACAGCGUGUGUGCAAUGGUGAACGCGUCAUUUGGGUGGAGGGUGGGUGCUGCAGAGAGGGAGGAGGCGACAGGGGGCAAGGGGCAGGAGAAGGAUGGCAGCGGUGGCAGUGGUGGUGGUGGAGAGAUGAAUGGGGAGAUGAAUGGGGAGGUGAAUGGGGCAGUGAAUGGGGAGGUGAAUGGGCAUGGUAACUCGGAUUCGAAUGGGGAGAUGAACGGUCAUGGUAGUGGUGGUGGUGGUGGUGGUGGUGGUGGUGGUGGUGGUGGUGGUGGUGGUGGUGGUGGUGGUGGUGGUGGUGGUGGUGGUGGUGGUGGUGGUGGUGGUGGUGGUGGUGGUGGUGGUGGUGGUGGUGGUGGUGGUGGUGGUGGUGGUGGUGGUGGUGGUGGUGGUGGUGGUGGUGGUGGUGGUGGUGGUGGUGGUGGUGGUGGUGGUGGUGGUGGUGGUGGUGGUGGCAGCAAUGCUGGUAACAGCAGUGGCAGCAGCACGGGUGAGGGGCGAAAGAGGAGGAAGUGGAUGAGAAGGGCGAAGGGGGGAAGAGUGAGGGAGCGAGGGGAGGGGAGAGGAGGGGUGCGGGAGCAGGAGCAGGAGGAGGAGGAGGAAGGGGUGGUGGUGCCAUUAGAAGGUGUGAGCUUCAGUCUGGGGGAGGGAGAACUGCUGGGCGUCACGGGGAAGGUGGGAGCAGGCAAGUCCACACUGUUGGCGGGCAUUCUGGGAGACGCUGAGUUGAUGGGGGGAGAGCUGGUGUGCCGGGCAGAGAAGAUCGCAUAUGCUGCUCAGAAGCCGUUCAUCAUGGCUGGAACACUCAAGGACAACAUCAUCUUUGGCCGUCCAUUCCAAGCAAAUCUCUACAGCCAGGUCCUGGACGCAUGCGCCUUACGCAGGGACAUAGCCAACUGGCCACGAGGCGACCUGACCGAAAUCGGCGAACGAGGCGUGAACCUGAGCGGCGGGCAGAAGGCGCGGGUGGGGCUGGCGCGAGCAGCAUACGCGAGGGACGCGGCUCUCUUGCUGCUGGACGAUCCGCUGUCUGCGGUGGACCCGGCUGUGGGGCGGCACCUGUUUGAGCAGUGCAUUCGCGGGGUGAUGAGUGGAAGGCCGAGGAUUGUUGUGACUCACCAGUUGCAGUACCUGCCCAGCUGUGACCGAGUGCUAGUGCUGGAUGGGGGAAGGCCUGUGGCCUUGGGUCCUUAUGCGGAUCUGGCAAAUCAGGUGGACUUUCAGGGGCUGUUGGGCGGGGACGAGGUGGAGGGGGACGAGGAGGCGGAGGGGGAGGUAGGGGGAACGGGAGAGGAGGACGAUUUGCUAGCUCCUGCUGGUGGUGCGAAAGUGGGAGAUGGCAGGGAGAAGGGAGGAGUGGGGGAGGGUGGGGUGCGGUUGCAGCGUCAGUGUUUGUUCACAGUGGGAGAGGAUGGUGAUGAGGAGGGCACUGGCUCUGGCUCUGGCUCUGGUGGUGAUGGUGAUGGUGGUAAUGGUGGUGUGACACAAGAUGCUGCUCAGAAGGGACCAAGUGGGAGUAAGAGCACUAGUGGAGGAGAUAUCAUCCCCACUGCAACUCCAGUUAAAGCCCAACCAGCAGCAGCAGCAGCAGCAGCAGCAAGCAGCCAGUCUACAUCCGCCAUUGCGCCGUCCUCCGACGACGACCCAUCCUUCCAGGCGCUGCUGCUGCGGCGGCUUCGCAGCAUGACCCUGCGAGACCGGUCCCUUGGGCGCAGCAGCAGUGGCAGCAACGUUGGCAGGGGAGGGGGAGGGGUGAAGCUGUCCCGCAGCCGGAGCAUCAUGGGGAGUUUUGUGCACAGGCAGCCGCGGGAAGGGGGCGGGGAGGAGCGUUUGGGGGAGGUGGGGGAGGAGAUGGGCGGAGAAGGGGGGGAUGGGAGGCGGGAAGCGGGUGGUGACGGGACAGAGGAGGACGGCGCGGGACAAGGUGGGCUGGUGGGCUGGUGGGGGUUGGUGGUGGGGAGGGUGUGUGAUGGGGGGUGGGGGGUGUGGGUGGGGGGAUUGGGAGGGUGUUUUCAGACGUCCGUCUCCCUCCCUCCCUACCUAUUCCCCAGGGUUGGUGCACAAGCAGCGGAGGUAGGAGGGUAUGGGUUGGUGCAGAAGGAGCGAAGGGAGGAGGGCAUGGUGAGUGUGCUGCAAGUGUACCUGGGGCUUGGUACAGAAGGAGCGGAGGGAGGAGGGCAUGGUGAGUCUGCAAGGUUGGUGCAGAAGGAGAAAAGAGAGGAGGGCAUGGUAAGUCUGCAAGUGUACCUGGGGUACGCCAGGAGGGUGGGCGUGUGGCAGUCGCUGCUGCUCGUCCUCCUUCUCGCUGUUGGACAAACCCUCGCGUGUGCGGGCGACUGGUUCCUGGCCUUCUGGUCUCAAAAGAAGGACCAAUCCGGCCCCUACCGGCCCAUCUACACGGCGCUAGUCCUCACCGGAGUGGUCACCUCGUUCGUCCGUGCGGGUCUCUUCUUCCGGUGGUGUGUGCGCGCUGCGUCGCGCAUCCACUCCGCCAUGCUCGCCUGCGUGCUCGGCUCUCCCCUCGCCUUCUUUCACGCCAACCCCAUCGGCCGCAUCCUCAACCGCUUCUCUGCAGACCAGGGGAUUCUGGAUGAUCUCCUGCCAUUCACUCUCUUCAACUACCUGCAGACGCUCAGCCUGGCAGUGGGGGCCAUAGUGAUGGUGGCGCUGGGAGUGCCGUGGAUCCUCAUCCCCAUGGCUGUUCUCUUCCUGCUCUUCCUGCGCCUGCGCUACGUCUUCCUCUGCACCUCCCGCGAGGCCAAGCGCCUGGAGGCCAUCACGCGCAGCCCCGUGUAUGCACACUACGCCGCCACCAUCCAGGGUCUGACAACCAUCAGGGCGUUCGGAGCGCAGCAGCAGUCCGCCACCAUCUUCCACCGUCUCCUCAACGCCAACGGCCGCGCCUUCUACUGCUGGCUCGCCGCUUCCCGCUGGCUCGCCUUCCGUCUCGACACAAUCGUCUCCGCCGUGGUGUUUCUCGUCGCCACGCUCGCUGUCGCACUCAGGACGACCCUGCCCCCCGGGCUCGUGGCACUGGCGCUGAGCUACACCCUUCAGAUGUCUGGCAUGCUGCAGUGGGCUGUGCGGCAAGGAGCCGAGGUCGAGAACAUGUGGGCCAUGCGGCAAGGAGCAGAGGUCGAGAACAUGGUGAGACAGAAUGAUUCCUGCUCUGCUCUGUGCCGUUUCAUCUCCUUCACUGGGUUGCGUUGUGUCCCUUGGCCGCACGGCCUGCUGGUGUUGGCUCUUCUGAGUUACACGCUGCAGCCAAUGUUGGGCAUGCUGCAGUGCACUGCACAGCUAGGCAAGGAGCAGAGGUCGAGAACAUGCAUUGGAGUACACACACUUACCCGUGCCACCACCUCCCAUACUGAGUGUCUCACAAGCCCCGCCUUCCCUCACUUGCCCUCACUUUCUCUCUCUCUGCAGUUCACGGGUGUUGAGCGAGCAUUGGAGUACACACACUUGCCACAGGAAGAGGGGUUGGAGGUGGCGGGUCAAGAAGAGGGGCAUGGAGGUGGCGGGAAGGGAGGCAACAGCAGGAGGAGGAGGCUCAAAGGGGGGCUCUUGGGGAAGAACGAGGAGCAGAAGCAGAGGGAGGGGAAGAGCGAGCCGGGGAGAAGAGGAGAAGAGGAGCAAGGGGAGGUGCCGCCUGGCUGGCCGAAUGAAGGAGCAGUGAGGGUGGAGGGGUUGACGGUGCGGUAUAGGCCCACUCUGGACCCUGUAUUGCAGGACGACGUGAGCUUCCAGCUGCAGGGAGGGGAGAAGUGCGGCGUGGUGGGGCGAACCGGUGCCGGCAAGUCAACGCUCAUGCUGGCGCUCUUCCGACUCGUGCAGCCGUCCGGUGGCUGUAUCCUCAUCGACGGUGUUGACACUGCCACCAUCUCCCUCACUCGCCUCCGCAGAAACGUUAUGGCAAUCCCUCAAGAUCCUGUGCUCUUUGGCAGCUCUCUCCGAUUCAACCUCGACCCGUUCAAUCAGCACCCGGAUGCGGCACUAUGGGAGGCAUUAGACGCAGUGCAGCUGAGAGGCAAGGCGGGCGGGCUGCAGAGAGGACUGGAGGCGAGCAUGAGCGAGUUCGGGGAGAAUUUCUCUGUGGGACAGCGGCAGCUCGUGUGUCUUGCACGUGCCGUGCUGCACCGCAGUCGCAUUCUGCUGAUGGACGAGGCGACAGCCAAUGUGGACAUGGCCACGGACGCGCUCAUCCAGACCACCAUCCGCCGCCAGUUCGCUGCCAGCACCGUCAUCACCAUCGCCCACCGCCUGCACACCAUCAUCGACGCCGACAAGGUUUUGGUGCUGGAGCAGGGCCGGGUGGUGCAGUUUGGGUCACCGCAGCAGCUGGCAGCAGACCGAGUGGGCUCUUUCUCUCGCAUGAUCUCCAAUACCGGCCGAUUAGCUGAGGCCUCCCUGCGCUCUGCUCUCGCCAGAGACGGCUUGUUGCGAGACGCUUCACUAAGAGAUGCCUCGGUAAAAGAAACAGCGGCGGGAGAUGUUUCGGGGAGAGAGGAUGUGCAGCGCGACAAGGAAGAUGUGAACAUUGAUGUGAUGCCGUUGGAGAGUGAUGGUUUGCUUCGUGAUAGGGAUUUAGCUGCUGAAGUCAGGGAUUCUGACGAUGAUGGCAUAGCUGCUGGUAGUACCAAGGAAGAUGCAUGA